AUGCCCCAUGAGUCAGAGGUCCUGGUCCAAUGGGCUGUGGCUGUCAGUGAUGGGGUGGUCUCGUCCAAUCAGAAGGUGCAAACUCUGACAAGGCAGGGCCAGGGAGCAGCCGGCUCCGUGGAGCCUGCGGCUUCAGGCCCAGAGCAGGGGUUGGCGGGCGGGUUCCUGGUCUGGGAGGCUCUUACUGGCACCAGCAGGCCUCAGCCCUGA